UUGGAUAUAUCGAUAAUAUUAUUACGAAAAAUUUACAACAGCAGGUUAGUCAAACUUUGGCAUUUACCUGUACUGAUAGUACUAAGGUCAAACGCAAACCCAAUGUACUGCAGCGUCGUUAAGUAAAGCACAAUAAUUCAAUUAAUGGCGAAGGUAAUCACUACCGUAGCCUUGUUGUCUAUGCUCGGUGCGCCGUUGCAAUUUGUGUACGGCGUAAAUGUGCUGGCGGUGCUGCCAAGCGUUUGGAAGUCGCAUUAUCUCUUUGGGAAACGCUUGCUGCAGCAAUUGGUGGAAAUACAGCCCAAUUAUUCGGUUACAUUGAUAAGCCCACAUGCUGAAGAAUACCCAGUACAGCCGAAAAUACGCGAAAUACGCAUUGAGGGCUUGCGGGAGAAUUGGGAGGAGAUGGGCUUGCCCUUCGAUGUGGAACAAUCACGGCAACGCUCAAUUAUGGAACAUUUCACACGCUUAAUGUAUGCCGGUGCGACAAAUGUUGAUUUAUUGCUUGGCGAUGCAAAGGUACGAAAAUUAGUCCGCAGUGGUGAACAGUUCGAUUUGUUGGUGGUUGAUCUCUUUCUCAGCGAUUCGCUGUUAGGCUUAGCUCAUUACUAUCAAAUACCCACCGUUGUAAUUAGCCCCACUGGCGCAAAUACUUGGCUUAAUCAGAUGACCGGAAAUCCACAAAGCUCAGCACUCGAUCCCAGUAUUUUCUUGCCCUACUCGGAACGCAUGGGCUUAUGGCAGCGCUGCGUAAAUACCCUGAUGGGUCUUUUCGAAAAGUUGACCUACAACUUUUUUUACAUGAUAUCUCAAGAAGCUGUUUACACGAAACACUUUCACACACUAUGCCAGCUUGCCAACACCACUCUACCACAUCACCGCGAUCUAACCAAAAACCUUAGCCUUGUUUUGAUAAACUCACAUCCUGUUGUGCAAUAUCCGCGCGCUUACUUACCAAAUAUGCUGGAGAUUGCUGGCGCACACUUGCGUGGCGCACAAAACCAAAUCGAACUGCCAACGCACAUCACUUACUUUAUAGAAUCUGCACCAAAAGGCACGGUUUACAUAAGUCUGGGAGCCGAUGCGCGCACUGCAGAUUUAGCUCGUGAAAAAGUGGACAUUCUCUUGGACGUAAUUACAGGCCUUCAAGACUACAAUUUCCUAAUCAAAUGGGAGGAUCCAAAAUUUUAUACAUCACUACCGAAGAAUGCAAUGAUUGCUGAAUGGUGGCCACAGGAAACCGUUUUAGCUCAUACCAAUGUCAAAGUGUUCAUUAGCACUUGUGGGCUAAUGAGUAUUAUUGAAUCCAUAAAUGGCCUCACACCAAUACUUGCCAUACCGAUCUUUCCCGAGCAGGAGGUGAGCGCAAGACGUUUACAGCAGCUGGGUAUCGGGCAAACGGUCUCCUUCGAUGCAUUUACCUAUGAUGCACUCUCAAUGAAUAUAAAGAAGCUGGCUACAGACCGUGGCUAUGCGUUGCAAGUAGCUGAAAUGCGCCUCCUGCUGAACUCUACAUAUGGCACUCCAAUUGCCAGAAGCAUACAUUAUAUUGAGUUGGUUUUAAGUAGCGCUGGCGGCGGCGAUUUUCUCAAAUCCCACGCCAAUGAGUUGAACUUUAUGCGCUCCGAAUUGGUGGAUGUGCUUGCCAUAAUUUGUUUGGGCCUAUUUGUGAUUAUAGCAGUGCCAUUUUUAGUUACGUGUUGUAUACUACGACGGUCGUACAUAAAUCAGACAGCGCAACAAGCUGCGACUGGCGGUGGUCAUCGUGCGACCUUGAAAGUGAUCGGACGCACAAAUUCGACCAGCGGUGUGGCGGCAGUCAACGAUUCGCCGAUUUUGGACUGGCGUCGGCGGAGCAGUGCAGCGCAGACUACUGGUGUCCUCAAACCGCCAUCGUCGCCAUCCGCUUCGUCAACCACUUCGAGCAUUUCAGCGGUAUCAACUGCCUCGUCAGCUGCAUCUUCAGUAGGUGGCUCACCACAGACACCCUACGAUGUGGGCGGCAGUGGCGAAGGCGUCACGAAGCGUGAGAAAUUCGCACGACAAGCGGCCUUGAAAUCAUCGCAAAAAAUCGAUUAAAAUAUCAAACAACGCAAUAAGUUCCCGAGUUCCCGCGUUCACGCCCGCAUGCAUUUACAUAGACUUAGUAUAUUUAAG